GACUGAGGAUCGGGGGCCCGGAGGACUGAGGAUCGGGGGCCCGGAGGACUGAGGAUCGGGGGGCCCGGAGGACUGAGAAUCGGGGGCCCGGAGGACUGAGGAUCGGGGGCCCGGAGGACUGAGGAUCGGGGGCCGGAGGACUGAGGAUCGGGGGCCCGGAGGACUGAGGAUCGGGGGCCUGGAGGACUGAGGAUCGGGGGCCCGGAGGACUGAGGAUCGGGGGCCCAGAGGACUGAGGAUCGGGGGCCCCGGAGGACUGAGUAUCGGGGGCCUUGAGGCCUGAAGAUCUGGGGCCCGGAGGACUGAGGAUCGGGGGCCCAGAGGGUCCCUGGGAGGAUCUCUGCCUUUGUUGCGGUCUCUGAUCGGGGGGCCCGGAGGGUCCCUGGGAGGAUCUCUGCCUUUGUUGCGGUCCCUGAUCAGGCGCGAUGUGCAGCAACCAGGCGAGCGUUCAGGACGAUCAAUGCAAGUACUACUCGUACAUGUUCUACCAGGCGGUGCGGGACCGGGAGCCGGUGUGGAAGUUGGAGGAGAUGAGGACCAUGGAGUAUUUCCAUUGGGAAGAAGACGCCUCCCUGAGGUGCUAUUCCCCGUCCGACGCCCUGAUGUACGCCGUGGUGCACAACCACCAGCGCUACGCCCAGUACCUCCUCGCCCACUUCCCCGAGGACGCCCUGAAAGUGCCGGGGAUCAAAUUCUGCUGCUGCCCCCCCGCCGCCCCCCACCUGGCCCUGGCCGUCACCUACGACCGGCGGGACAUCCUGGUCAUGAUCAUCGAGAUCUCCCACAAGCUGCCCGACCUCAACUCCUCCUACAUCAACCGGGCCAGCUGCUCCCACCUCUCCGACGGGAAGACCCCCCUGCACCUGGCCUGCGACCUGCUGAGCGCCGAGACCGUCCUCAUCCUCCUGGGCAACGGGGCGUCCCCCCGCCUCCUGGACCGCAAAGGGGAGACCCCCCUGGACAUCAUCCUGGAGCAGCUCUGGAGCUCCAAGGUCAACGUGGACUCCAAGAAACUUUGCCUGUACUACCUGCUGCUCUUCUCCCCCUCCCCCCGCUUCAAGAUGAGGAAGAUCCUGAAGGAGAACCCCCACUUCUGGACGCCACUGCUGGGGGAUGACAAGUUCCGCUACCUGGUGGGCGACACUCCCGCCACCUUGUACCUGAUGGCUAUGCAAAAGGUCCUGCAGUGUCUCCCCCCGGAACACUUCCCCCACAGCGUCCGGGCGCUGCCCAUACCCCACGCCUUGAAGCCACUGCCCGGGACCGGCUAAACACCUCCCCCCAAGUAUUGAACUGGAAUAACCCCAACCGGGACCGGCUAAACACCUCCCCCCAAGUAUUGAACUGGAAUAACCCCAACCGGGACCGGCUAAACACCUCCCCCCAAGUAUUGAACUGGAAUAACCCCAACCGGGACCGGCUAAACACCUCCCCCCAAAUAUCGAACUGGAAUAACCCCAACUGGGACCGGCUAAACCUCCCCCCCAAAAUAUCGAACUGGAAUAACCCCAACCGGGACCGGCUAAACCCCUCCCCCCAAGUAUCGAACUGGAAUAACCCCAACCGGGACCGGCUAAACCCCUCCCCCCCAAAUAUCGAACUGGAAUAACCCCAACUGGGACCGGCUAAACCCCUCCCCCAAAUAUCGAACUGGAAUAACCCCAACCAGGACCGGCUAAACCCCUCCCCCC